AGUAACAAUAUAAAGAGUGCAACCGAUAUGGAUUCGGAGGUACAAUCAGAAUGCAGCAAUAUACUCGCGCAGGUCGAUCAGUUUUCAGACGCCCAAUCAAAAGCGCUGACUGCUCUCCAAAGUGCCAUUGAUGAGCAGGCCAAGAACACAACCACUGAGUACGAGGCUGUAAUUGGGUUGACGCAGAACAUACGCCAAACCCUGACCGACAAACUGGGGCAGUUGGUUACCGUAGCUAAAACAGGGCUGUAUAAAAAUAAGGAGAUUGCCGAGAAUAUGGUCUCUGGAAGUGAGACUACCCUCAUCGAGGCAUAG